ACAGCUUCAGGACUGUCAUAUCUCUUUCUCGUUUUUAUAUAUCGACCAAGUCGAGCUGGCCUCUUGUCGACUCCCAUCUGUCCUGCGCCGCUCUUUACGUGGGACACCUGCCCUAUGUCUGCCGAUCUGCAGGCUUUGCCAAAUCCGUUCGCUACUCUGUUGAAUGGUAUAGAGAACAAUCCAAGAGCCAUCCGAGAUCUGUGCGACCAUCAUCGGGUCACACGCCAAGCAGCUUCAACAGCAGCUCUGCUGUCCUCAGACAACAUCGUUGUUGACCCCAUUCUCGUGAAUGUUGUUAAAGAGGGGGAGUCAUCCGACCCACGCAAUUCCCUGGUGGUAUGGACUCGGCCGUCGCAGGCCGUCAAACAACUCGUCCGAGAUGUCCAGAGAGCACUCCGUGCCAUUGAGCCCGCAAUAUGGCUCAUGCCCGAAGCCGAUCUGCAUAUGACGACUAUGGAAUGGUUCCACAGCGUAGACACUGAGACAGCUCACGGGAUAACCGACAAGAUACCCCUGGACGUUGUGCAAUCUAUUACCACCGGUCCCAAGACGCCCGUCCUACUCGAUACCCCCGUCUUAUCCUUCGACCAGCACGCCCUCGCGAUCACGUUCCUACCGUCUUUGCAAACCCACGAUGUAUACACGUAUCUUCACUACCGCCGUGACCUGGUUGACACAGCGGCGUCUGUGCACGAUCCCGACCUUGCCAUUAAGAUGCGGUAUGCAGCGCCUUCUGCGCACGUCACGAUCGCGAGGUUCAAGGAGCCGCUUGCCCGAAACAAUACCACGCGAAGUUGGGUAGAAGCACUAGAGAGGAUAGACAGAGACAUUGUACGCCCAAGGCAGGACUUGGUUUGGAAGAUCGAGGGCCCUGCGAUAAUGCGCGCUGGUACGGUGUGGUAUGGGGGAGGCUGGACGUUGAAGGGAAGCUUGAGGCAGAACUAGCGAUGUCGAUUGAUAUUUUAUUUAAGGCUUCACGCCAAGGUGGACACAUCCAGAGGAGAAGAAGUGAGUUGGAUCCGGUUGUUCAGACGACAUACAUUAUGAGAAGCAAUUUACAGAGUUGGCGAAGUAUGGAUGAUACUGGGAAGAACAAAUGCUUGAAUGACGACACUUCUAAAAUGUAUUCGUAUGGGCGGACUUCACACGGUGAAACAAACCUUGCCGUCCAAUCCAGGAUAAUCAUCUACAAUUCGUUCACCUAUGUCAUAUAGACUAUCCUCGGUAUACCACUCUUCAUAAUCGUCGAUGAGAAAGUUAACACUUUUCAAGGAUG